AUGUGCGAUUGUGGUAAUAUUAAAAUCAACUCACAGGAAUAUGAGUUUGGUGAACAAAUUGCAUGCACAGAAACAGACUUUAACAGAUUAUCUAAAGAAGGUAACUCUAUUGUCGUUGCACAACCCUCCGAAAUCGUUAUAGAAAAAACAGAUAAAACAUCUAUUGUAUCUGAUGGCUCUCAAAUGUUUGAAUUGGUUUGCCAGAAUUGCAAAGAAUGUUUCAGAAUUGUUCCCUGUAAACAUGUCGCUUACUGCUGCAAGGUUGGUGUACAAACUGAAAGUCUUCAAUCGUUUAAGAACCAAAUGAACUCAGCACGUCCAAUUUCAGACUUCUUCCCAUUGGCAUUAAGACCCUUCAUAGAAACAUCCACCAAGACGCCUAAUUCAUCCAUUAGUGAGCCAAAGAUCGCAUCUAUGAUGCUUCCUAAGUAUAAAAAAGACUACUAUGUCGAUGACUCGGACGAUUCAGAACGUGACUUCCAACUCAUGUUCAAAAACAAAAAUGAGUGCAUUGUAGGAUCUUUUACACAUCAGUGGAUGUAUUAA